AUGGCAGCUCUGCUACAAGUCUUUUUCCAAGAAGAAAGUAGUAGUGUUGGUGAUUUUAGAGACGCAUUCGCCAUGGAAAACAAGCGUUACUUUGGGUUAGAUGAAGUUAUCAGUCUUUCCAAGAACCUGAAUACCACCAAUUCAAGAAUUGAACCCCACAACCAAGAAAACCAAAUUGAAACUAUUCCAAACACACCACUGAUGGUUGUAGAACAUGAGGAGAAGAAGAAGGCGAGAUACUCGAUGCUAAGUUCAAGUACUGAUCAGUCAGGCAACGCGUUUGCUAACCGUGGGAAGAAAACUGAAACACAUGAAUUAUUGGCUGAGGAAUUGUGGAAGGCGGAUCAAUGGAGAUGGAAAAAGCAUGGGUCGAAUCAAACUGGAAAGAAGUACUAUACGUGUAAUGAAGUUGAAGAUUGUCCAGCAAAGAGACAUGUUGAGGAAAGCUCAAAAGAUCCAAACAGGGUGAUCGUAACUUACAAAGGCCAACACAAUCACCCUCCUCCCAAGUCCUAA